ACACCGGCGGCAGGGAUAUGAGGAACUCCGGGGCGUCCGGUCAGGUGAGGCUCCCUGGCUGAGCCACAGACUUGGCCGCCCUUUGCCAGCAGCGGGCGGAGUCCCCAGCUGAGCUAGCCAAAAGGGGGUGUUGCUCGACGGAACGGCUGCCCCUGUCACUGUGCCCGGCUGGCAGUCGGCGAGGAGCCUCUGCGGCUGCAGGAAUAACCCGCUAACAGUUGGACCCGGGGAGCAGCCAUCAUGAGCAGCGACCACCAGAAGUGCGACGUGGUCGUGAUCGGAGGAGGCAUCUCAGGUUUGUCUGCAGCGAAGUUAUUGCAUGACUCAGGAUUGGAUGUUAUAGUCUUAGAAGCCCGAGACAGGGUUGGAGGCAGAACUUACACAGUAAGGAAUAAGCAUGUCAAGUAUGUUGACUUGGGAGGAGCAUACGUGGGACCCACACAAAAUCGUGUUUUACGACUGUCUAAGGAGUUAGGACUUGAGACUUACAAAGUGAACGAAGUUGAGCAUCUUAUUCAUCAUGUCAACGGCAAAUCUUAUCCCUUCAAAGGGCCUUUUCCUCCAAUGUGGAAUCCCAUUAUUUAUUUGGACUACAACCAUCUAUGGAGGACACUGGAUGAAAUGGGGAAAGAGAUUCCUAAUGAAGCUCCAUGGAAAGCACCACAUGCAGAGGAAUGGGACAAAAUUACCAUGGAACAGUUGCUAGAUAAAGUGUGCUGGACAAAGUGA